AUGGCACCCAGCGACAAGGUUGACAAGCUGCCGCCGCUCACGCCGGGCGGGCUCAUCGGCGCGCUGGCGCUCUUCGCGGCCCUGUUCGCCGUGUCCUUUUUGUUCGUCAUGCCGUUUGCCGGCGCGCUCGUGCGCCUGCGCGCAAACUACAACCCCAAGGCCGUGGGCUUUGCCGACGGCGACGGCGAAGAGCGAUAUAUCGGCCCAAGGAUCAACGGCCUGCUCAGCUGCAUGAAGCGCACGAUCACCAUCGAGGGAUGGUACGGGCUGUACAAGGGCUGGGUCGCGGUCACCCUCGGCGGCUUGAUCACCAUCUUCGUCACGGCCGUCUUCAUCGGCGGCACCCUCCUGACGCAGAUGUCCAAGGUCACGCCGGGCACCAAGGUGCCGCCGCCACCUUCGGUCGCGGGCAUGAUCGUCACGAGCAUCCUCUACAUCCCCAUCAUGGUGGCCGUCGCCGUGCCGUGCAAGAUUAUCGAGGUGCGCGCCAUCACGACGCCGUACCGCCUCCCAUGGAGCAUCAAGGGCUCGCUCAACAUCCUCCUGUCGGACAGGGAGCGCGCGAACCCGACAGCGCUGUACCGCACCCCCGGGCUUGUCGUCGUCGUGCUCCUCCGCUCGCUCGUCUUCGCCCUCCUGCAGCACGGGCUCAAGAACCUCCUCGGGCUCGGGCACCACAUGCGCAAGGUCGCACCCAAGGGGGACAGCGUUGUCGAGCGGGCCGUCGCCGCGCUGGCAGACAACGCCGACAAGCAGCCGGCCGGCGCGCCGACGUGGCGCUGGGCCGUCUUCUUCACGAUCUGCCUCCUCUCCGCCGCGUGGGAGACGCCGCUGCUCGUCAUCAUGGCCAAGCUGUGCGUCCAGCCCAACCUCGGCCGCAAGGACCCGCUGGGCGCGCACGCGCCCGUGCCCACCAACGACGAGGAGGAGCUCGACCAGCUCGAGCGCGAGAUCAACGGCCACGAAGAGGUCGACGACGCGCUCCGCCGCGAGACCGAGCUCGAGAGCCUGCGCCUCGCUGGUGGCAACGAGGACGACGUGAUCACCCUCCGGCCGGCCACAGCAGAGCCCUACGCUGGCUUCAUGGACGCGCUCCGCAAGAUCCAGGAGGAGGAGGGCACGCCCGCCCUCUACCGCGGCUGGUACUUUACAAGUAUUGGCGCGUGUAUGGGCAUGUGAGCGGAGCCGGUGAUGCAUC